CGCAUUUGAAACUGUGUGGUGUUGUUGAUGUCCUUCAAGACAAGUGUUUGAUAAUUAUAAACGGUAGAUUAUCCCGAUAACAGAUUAGUUGUAAGCUAAACAUUGUCGACGACCUCUGCCUAUAUGAUUUAGGCUACAGGGAUUUAGCUAAUAUAGACUAAAUAUAGUUUCAGAUUAAACGUAAUAAUACCAAAACUAAGACUACAUAAGAAUGCGGUAUAUGAGUGCAUUGGGAAUUCAGACAUUUCGCCUGCUCUGUCCAUUGGUGUAUUGCCUCUGCUUGGCUGGCCUAUUCUUCUUUACUCAAUUCGAUGGUGGCUCAAACUCUGUUCUUCGGUAAUUGGUAAACGAGAGGAUGACUCCCCCUUAUUUGUCCCCCGCUGUCUUUCUCACAGAUGGUGUCGCUUUUUCCUCCUCUGUGUUUUUCCAAUAACCCUGCCGUAACAGAUUUCUCACCCUCUCGGUGCGGGCCACUGUUUGGACAACUGGAGAACUCUUCACAACAAAUUGCCCUGACCCCCAAUCAUUUGCCAGACAGGCUCGCCCCCACUGAGGUUUAUCUCACCCCCCCUACCAAUGGUCAUUUGGCAGGUCAACUCCUCCCACACCCCCUCCAGAUCUAGACGUCUUUAUAAACCGCGGGCGUUGUGGCCAGUUGGACAUCCAUCUAUACUUCUCAGUGUAGCCGUUCCACGGGACAGAAGCGCACCAAUAGUAGCUCGCCGCCUAUUCAAGCCAUAGCAGAUAUCGCCGCGUUUACCGCAAAGGGAAUAUCGUUAUUCAGUAUAGUAUUGAAGGGAUACCAGCUACAGAAAUGAGUACCGCAUGUCUGAUCGUCAAACAGACGCCCUUCGUUGUUGCUCCACGCCCGGUAGGGAUGGACACUCGUCCGCAGACAAAUGACAGUUAUGAAUCACUAUGGAGACCUUGGCUCACGACCAAGAAGAAUAUGCAACGGGAAUGCCAGAGAAGCAGACAGUCAUGUCCUUACUCCAGACCUACAGACUACACCCCUGCAGCUCCAGGUCUCUUUCCAUUCAAUGGGAAGUCCCAGUCCUUCCAGCACCCUGUCAGACUUUUCUGGCCCAAGUCCAAGUCGUUUGACUACCUGUACAGCGACGGAGAGGCUCUCCUGAGGAACUUCCCUGUCCAGGCCACCAUCAGUUUCUAUGAGGAGUCCGACAGCGAGGAUGACGAGGAGGACGAGGAGUGGGAAGAAGAAAUGUACAGCGAGGAAAAGGAGUACCUCGAGCGUCAGUCCCACGACACCAGCUACAACUGAAGUCGAGAGGGUUUCCAAUUGGAACAGAUGGAACAUUAGAUGGCGAUAUUCCAUAAUAUCUCUUUGUGGUACAACAGAAAAGGAUGUCUGGCGAGACACCUCUGGUGACACACCUGGAAGAACCUAUAUAACUGGAGCUGUCUUCACAGUCAGAAUCCCUUCUUAUUCUAUGAAUGGAAUCAACACUGUCAGUCAGAGUCAUAGACUUGUCCUAGAGGAGCACAGAACGAUCCAACAAACCAUUUAUGUCACAUAUUCAGUAGGACACAGCAUGCCGAGCACAGAGAAGGGAUUGUAAUGUCUUAGGUAUUCUAGAUUGUCUAGCUCACCUCCAUGAAAGCAAAGUAGCCUAAGUUAAAUGUGAAUUGUGGAGCCUGUUUCAACUGGUAUCUUGUAUUGCCACUAUGUAGGCAUAGGCUCUGUCAAGCAAAGAGUUACAAGUAUUUCUGUGGCAAUACGUAGUAAUGGAAAGUUGCAAAAAGUAAUGUAUGCAGUCUUAUGCAUAUAUUAGUCUUCCUCUGGGGCAGUGGGAUGUAUGUUAUGGAUUGUAUAACUACAUACAUUAAAUCCCACAUUGGGAUAGUUUAUCUCAGGGUCUGUACCUUGUUUGUGUAUAAAAAAAGUAUUUAUUUGCGUUUUAUUUACAUAUCUAAUUUAUGAUGUACAAUUGUAUAUAGAUACAUACAGUAAAUGUUUAUAUAUUUCCUAUGUUUCAACUUUUUUGUAUAUUGUCCGUCGAAAAACACUGUCUAAACAACAGCUGUUAAAAUAAAAACCUAUUUCGGGAAAACCA